UUUAAUUAGUUUAUAGUGGCACGCAUUCCAACUACAAUAGCAACGUUUUCACGUCAUUAUUCAUCCCAAUUCCCAGCCUCCAUUUCAAUCCUAAUUAUUCAACCAAAUUUAACCCAAUUCCCAAUUCCCAAUUCCCAAAUCACAAUCAAAGAAAAAUCAGACGAAAACGAUGGAUUCAUCAGUAAUCUCCGACGCCAAUCGUCGCAUCAUUAGAAUCUCCUCCCAUCUCCUCCCUCCCAGCAAUCUCCAGAUGGGGGAGGAAAUUGAUCGUUGCGGUCUGAGAAGAGAGAUUUGCCGAGCGAAAGGCGCGGCGCCGGGAUCCAAGGUCGCGAUUUUGGGAGCCGCCGGCGGCAUAGGCCAACCGCUCGCCUUGUUGAUGAAGAUGAACCCUCUCGUUUCGGUGCUUCACUUAUACGACGUCGUUAAUACCCCCGGCGUCACCGCCGACAUCAGUCAUAUGGACACUGGUGCUGUGGUACGGGGAUUCUUGGGCCAGGCCCAGCUGGAGGAUGCCUUGACGGGUAUGGACCUUGUGAUCAUCCCGGCGGGUGUUCCCCGGAAACCUGGAAUGACUAGGGAUGAUCUGUUCAACAUCAAUGCUGGGAUUGUGAAGACCCUUUGUGAAGCUAUUGCCAAAUGUUGCCCCAAUGCUAUUGUCAACUUGAUCAGCAAUCCUGUUAACUCCACUGUUCCCAUUGCGGCCGAGGUUUUCAAGAAAGCUGGCACAUUUGAUCCGAAACGGCUUUUGGGAGUAACCAUGCUUGAUGUUGUUAGAGCUAAUACUUUUGUGGCAGAAGUUUUGGGUCUUGAUCCUAGGGAUGUUGAUGUUCCAGUAGUUGGAGGUCAUGCUGGGGUUACUAUUUUACCUCUCCUGUCUCAGGUUAAACCUGCAUGCUCUUUUACUGAUAAAGAAAUUGACUACCUAACAGAUCGCAUUCAGAAUGGUGGAACUGAGGUUGUUGAGGCAAAAGCUGGAGCUGGUUCUGCAACAUUGUCUAUGGCCUAUGCUGCUGUCAAGUUUGCCGAUGCAUGCCUUCGAGGUUUGAGAGGAGAUGCAGGGAUAGUUGAAUGUGCUUUUGUGGCUUCUCAGGUGACCGAACUUCCUUUCUUUGCAUCUAAAGUACGGCUUGGACGUGGUGGCGUGGAAGAAAUAUACCCACUUGGUCCUCUGAAUGAGUAUGAGAGGGUUGGAUUGGAUAAGGCCAAGAAAGAGUUGGCAACAAGCAUUCAAAAGGGAGUUUCCUUCAUCAGGAAGUGAGUUCGUGCAGAGCAACAUUUUUCCUUCUUUGGAGAUAUUCUGUCUUAUGGGUCAAUUUCUGCUGUUUCUCAGCAAGUUUAUAGUGAUGGGAAAUAAGUGGUGAGGUAUUUGUUGUACUAAAAUUACUAGACGGGUUCAGGCAAAAUGGGGUGAGUAAAAAUUGAAAAGAAACGAAAAGAAUGAAAGAACGAAAUGGAAUCUAGUUUUUUUUUUUUUUUUUGCUAGUCUCAAUGGAAUCUAGUUUGAAAUGUUGUUGACGUACCAACAAGUGUUGUGUAUCAAUAAGUUACAAUUAUUCUAAAUAAAAUAGAUAGGUGGGAUUUUUAUGGU